AUGGCGGCAAAUUAUGUGAGAUCAAUCACCUUUUUUCGAAUUACCGCAAAGCAAUGCAAUUUGACCGAUAUCGUGGCAGAUAUCAGUACAAAUGUUGACCUAUGGGAGGAACGCUAUGCAAAUGCCCAUCAUAUACUCUUCCACAAUCGCAGUCAAUCAAGCCAUGGUUUUCGAGAAUUAAACGUAGUGUCGGAAGCUGCAGCAAUUAAUGUGGUGGGAGAUAGCGAAUUGUCUUGUGUUAAGGCUGAGCUGCAGGAACCCGAAUGGAAGGACUAUAGGGAUGAUGUCGAUACUAUGACGAAAACUGGCACCGUCUCGAACACUUCAUGGUUGAUUAAGUAUGUUAUGAGCUCGAUCGCCUCUUUGUUGUCAGAAAUACCUUUUGAAGCAUGGAGAAUAGAAUUCUUUCCGAUUCUGCGACGAAUUUUGUUUCGGACGGCGAUAGUUCUGGUGGUUGGGUGGUUCCUCGCGUACCUGUACGGUGUUGUGAUAUCCGCAAUCAUGGGGUUCAUGGAGCAGUUGCCUGGAGGAAGUAUCGUGAAUUGGAUUGUCCAAUGGUGCAGCUCGUUAUUGCCCUGGAAUUGGAAUAUAUCAUUAACUGGACUUACCAACGCCGCCUCGUACAUUACCAAGUCAUCUUUCUUUCGUAUCACUCCGUUAAACCACAUCAUUUCCUCAACUACUACUUUAUGGGCAGCACUACAGAAUCUAUUCGGAUAUACUCCUACACAUCGAAACGCAAGUAUCGAAAUACCACACUCCAUAAUCAAAGACUAUGCAUUAGAAGCCGCCAACAACACCUUCGGACUACUCAAUCUCACUAUGAAUAUUUCAGCAUUGCCCAUCCUUCUUUCUCACUCCCACAAGAGUAUCAUCGGAGCGUCUGAAAUCGUGCGAGCCUCCCAACUCAAGGACAAGUAUGACAUGAGUCGAGCGUACACCGAACUCGAAAAAGGCAACGCCGAGUUGAGACUCAAGCUAAUAGGACAUACCGAGGGCGUCCCCGAUCUUAUAAAACAGUUCGAGACAUCCCUGAGCAUUGCUAUAUCGGAAACAGACAAUAUACGCUUAGAUACUAGUCUUCAAAACUCCGUAUUGCUGAAAUCCUCGGCUGUAUGUAUUAUAUUGUGGCAUAUUCCAGGUCUCGAAAUCGCUUCUUGGAGAUGGAUCAACUCACCUUGUUGGGCAUCAUUUUUGGGGUCAGGCUCUGUCAUCGCUUGUCUUGAGGGCGAUUAUCCUUGGUGCCCUAGCUUGCUCGCUCAUACCACAAUCGUCACAUCACACAUGAACGAGACUCAAAAAACACGAGCGCUUACGGCACGAAGACUAAGACGAUUGGUCGAAACUCUCCAAACAGAUCUCGGCGAACUUUUGCAUGAUGCUCAACAAGCAAUAAGCAUAUGCGAAAAUCUAAACCUCAAUUUUGAGCGCAUCAACAGAUUUAAAGAAGCGAAUCAAAAGGAAGGGGAGAAAGAAGUCCCUCCUGUUCCUGUUGAUGUCAAUAAAGUACCAGAUACACAUAUCCUGGAUGGAUUUCUGCAUGAUGUCCGUCGCUCUCGCAGUGCCACCGAAGAUUCCAAGAAAAAGCGAAUAUGGGGUAUAGAUAUGGAACGCCUGGAAGUAAUCCAUCACUUUCAUCAUCUUGCGCAUGAAUAUUUUCUCCAAGCAGAACAAAGAAUCACACAUUGGGACUCGAAGAUAAAUGCCGAAGAUCUUCUGCGUCAAUUAAAAAAGUUGGAAGCUAGUGCAGAUGAAGAUUGGAGAUAUGAUUUGAACGAGGAGAAAGCUUGGGCGCAGAUAAGAGGUGAUUUACAGAGUUUGAUACCGCUGGUCACGAAAUUUUCAGCAGCGUUUACGAAGCAAGGGCGUGUGAGAUCUCAAGUGGAUGAUGUUGUGUCGGCGAGGGCAAAGAAGUGUUAUAGGGAGAGAAAAGCUAAUAGGGGAAAGGAUGAGAGUAGUGCGAGGAGUUGGGAGGAUUGUUUCUUUGAGGGGUUCACGUUUGAGAAGACAUUUCGAGUGAAUGGAGAAGGAAGGGUUGGAAUGUCUUAUAAGAUGUUAAUACUUCAAGCUGACUCAGUAUUUUGA